GUUAUUAAAAACAAAAUAACAUAUAUCUUUAAAUUUAUUUCUAGGAUGAACAAUAGUAAGCUGUUUUUUCCUUAAAGACUUAGGUAUGUGAAACCUUGCUAUUUAUUGAACUUCAAACACUCCCAUAUAGUUUUCACCACAUCAUUUAUGAUCAUAAUGUGUUUACCCCCAUCACAAAUGAUGAAUGCACAUAUAUUAAUAUCAUAUUUAACCAUUGUUAUUCUGGAUCUCACUAUCCAAACCAACAUAGUAUGAUUAUAAAGCUACUAGUGAUGAUGUACACGAUAUGUGCAAGACUUGAGUUGAGUGAUAUAAAUAUAAUAGAAAAAACCAAAGUUGUUAUUGAAGAAGGUAACUUGUUAAUACAUCCAGAUGGAUCACUUAGUCCAUCCAGAGGAUAUAUUAUGCACAAGAGCGGAUAUAUGUACAACAAACGAUUAUAUGCGCCAGAAAUAGACACAAUGUAUAAAGUGAUAAAAAUCGGUGAAGAUGGCAGAUCAAUUUAUGAAUACGAAAGAAAGCCAGUAAAUGACCAGGCAUAUGAUGAUAUAUAUGACCCGAAAAAAUUUAAAGCAAAGAAUGAUUAUUUUCUUAGAUUUCAUACACAUCUAAUCAAUAUGUUUCCAUGCACGGAUGGUGCACUUUCCAUCAUAGCAGGAAGACUGGAUGCACCCACUUCUUUUCUGCUAAAAGAUGAAGUGCAGCCACAGAGUAUGAACAUCCUGGCAGCUCUUUUCCUCCUGUCUGAGCAGGUGGAUAUUCCUAUUGCUAUAGAAGAAAAGAAAAAAGAGAAAAAACUUGUUCUGAAAAGUGUUAACGGAGAAACUGCAUAUAUUGACCAGAGCCUAGUACUUUAUGUAAACAAGAAAAAUUCAGAAGAAAAAAUUAAAACUUACCACACAGAAACAGUUAAACUUAUUAACUUUAUGAAACACUAUGCAGGAGAUGCAAUAACUUACAUACAAAAAGAAGGCUACACUGAGCCAACUACAUAUGAGCAGUUCAUGGAAGGAAAGUUCUUAAGUACCGUGCAGUUCCUUAUUCAGUCGUACAUAUACGAGUUUAUUGACACAAAAGAAAAGUAUAUUGAGUUUGUAAAUGCUGUAUAUACUAUCUUGAACGACCAGAUAAAUAACAAUAAAUCUAUUUCAAAGAAUAAAAAAAAGUCAUACAAAAGAGUACUGAACAAGUGCUUUAUACAAGAAGGUGCACAGCCAAGUAAAAUCGACCACACUACAACUAUUUACGAUAUUAAGGAUAUAAUAGAAGACUUUGGAGCAUGCCCAUUUAUUAAUUCAUCACAGCUUCCGUCCUAUAUUCGGGUUAAAGCAUAUGAUCGGGAAAAUGACGAAUUCAUAAACAAUGAAGCUCAAAAAUAUUCUAACUGUGUAGAAGCAGCUCUGCUAGGGCUAGUGUGCUGUUUAGUAUAUGAUCCAAAUAAAAAGAAGUACAAUACAGACCAUCUGCCCGACAAUGAAGAAACUAAGCCACUGAAAGACUUCUUUAAAAAGUACACUGAGCCAACUGAAGUCACCGAUUAUACAAUGCACGAAGAUUGGUGUAGAGUGAUAGCAGACUUGAAGAAUGACAAGAUUCUUUACUUAACGGAGAAGACGAAUGAGCUGGACAGCAGUUUGUUGAAUAUUCUUUAUGUUGCAUCAUAUAUAACCCGAAGCAAAGAAGAAGUAGUUAAAGAAAUUAAGUACUUAGAAAAGCUUCUUUCUAAUAAGAAUAUUAAUGAUGGGCUUUAUAUAGAAGAAAGCUUGACUACAAUAUUCAAGGAGCUAUCAAAUAACAAGAAUCUUGAUGUAGAGUGUGACAAAUUUACAGUGGGUACACGAGAAGAUAAUAAGCUGGACUUAUUUGGUGUGUUUAAGCUAGUAUAUACUUUUAAUGAGAAAAAAAAUGGAAUAUUAGUAGGAAUAACUUCAGGGCAUUCCUCAAUAAGCUUAUUAAAAAACUUAUUGUCUAUUAAAGAGAAAAAUACUAUUAAAAAAAAGUUGACUGAAAUACAAAAUACUUAUAGUAAUAUAGAGAGUUACACAGCAUACAUAAUUAGACAGUAUAUAAACAUAGAACUUGCUAAGAAGGAAAAGAAGUAUGCAUUGGGCCGAAUUCAAGAAAGUAUUAGAAAUAACCAUGAUAAUAUAAAUGAUAUUUUCCUUCACGGGAUGAUUCUAUCUGUUGACCAAAAAGUAAACAUUGUUAAAUACUUCUUGGUCAUGCACGUAAAGAAUACUCUACCAAAAAACAAUUCACUAGUUCGGUUUACCAAUAAUCUCAUAGGAAGCACUCCAUUGAAUGAUCUAGCAACAAGAGACAAUAUGCUGCUUUAUUGCAUGCUUAAUAAAGACAGCAAGAACUACUAUCCAAGAAUUGAGAGCUGCUGGGAAGAGGUUGCUACAAUCACUAUAUAUAAUUUUUAUACAAUAAUUAUUGAAAUUUUAAAGAAGUCAAACUAUCCCCCAGAUGUUAUAUUAAAGUGCUUUAAAAACUUGAUGAUGGUUGUGGCAGAUAGUGAUGAAAAGUAUGGUUUUAUUUCAGGAUUCAUAUUAAUUAACAAUAUAGUGAAUUUUUCUAUAAAGACUAAUGAGCCAACUAAAACACUUUUAGAGUUCAUAAAAAUAAUAGAUGAAACAGUUAUGCAGCCAGAUGGAUCAAAUAUAUUUGUUAUUUACUUAACAUGGAUUGCCAAUGUAGAAAUAAAUAAUUAUUGCAGUUUAGAUAAAAGGAAAGAGAUUAUAAAGACUCUAAUGAACAAAAUAGAUUUUAAUUAUAAUUUUAAUCUAGAUAACAAAUGGGAUUGUUGGGUUCUUGACCAUUUCUAUAUAUUGAAAAAAUUGAAAAUGAGUAAGGAUAUAUUUUGUGAUAAAGAAAUCCCAAAAAGUGUUGAAAAAUACGACCGUCUUGUGAAAACAAUAAACAAAAUUAUUGAAUUGGGCGAAAAAAGACGUUCUAGCGCCUCUUGA